GCCAAAAAUAACCUCAUUUCUCUCAACUUUAAAUGAAAAAGACAAUUUUUUCUGAAUAUUGUCAACAAAAUGAAUGGGAGACUAAUAAUUCGGGCGUACCAAUACACAUUUUGUAAAAACCCAUCGUUUACGUGCAAUGUACUGUCAAAAAAUCGGGUAAAUUUGAGUGUUCUCAGUGUUAAGUUUAGUACGAAGACUGAUUCAAAGUUUGAAGAGAAAAAACAUUGUAAUAUUGGGACUAUUGGGCAUGUUGAUCAUGGUAAAACCACGCUGACUGCUGCCAUAACGAAGGUUCUGGCUAAAGAUGGACUGGCACAGUAUGUUUCCUACGACGAAAUCGACAAAGCGCCUGAAGAAAAAGCUAGAGGUAUAACAAUAAAUGCUGCCCAUGUUGGCUAUAGUACAAAGCUCCGUCAUUACGCUCACACAGACUGCCCUGGACAUGCAGAUUACAUUCGGAACAUGAUAUCUGGGGCCUCACAGAUGGACGCUGCAGUGCUAGUGGUCGCAGGAAACGAUGGACCUAUGCCACAGACUAGAGAGCAUCUACUAUUGGCUAAACAAGUUGGCAUAAAGCACAUACUGGUAUACAUAAAUAAGGCAGAUUUGGUUGAUAAUGAAUUAUUAGAACUAGUAGAAAUUGAAAUGAGAGAGCUGUUAUCAGACUUUGGUUACGACGGGAACACAGUACCGAUGAUAUGUGGCUCUGCCUUGAAAGCCUUGAACGGCGAUGAAAGUGAAUACGGAGCGCCCUCAAUCCGGAAACUUCUAGAUACAAUGGACGAAUACAUACCACCAAUAGUCAGAGACCUGCAGUCUCCAUUUCUAAUGCCCAUAGACAACGCCUUCACAGUCCCUGGUCGCGGGACCGUGGUAGUAGGCACUAUCAAACGGGGAGUUAUGAAGAAGAAUGAUGAAGCUGAUCUUAUGGGGUUCGGAUAUAAUAUCAAGACUACACUGUCGGACAUACAGAUCUUUAAAAAGAGUGUUUCUGAGGCCCUAGCCGGCGACAACGUAGGCGUCCUGCUUCGAGGCAUGAGAAUAAAAUCCGUAGAAACGGGUAUGUUACUCUGUGCAGCCAAGAGUUUCCAACUAAGCAACCAUUAUAAGGCCAAGAUAUAUUUCCUGACAAGAAACGAAGGAGGCAGGAAGAAACCGGUGUUUUCCAAGUACUCCCAGCAAAUGUUUAGCGGGACUUGGAAUAUCGCUUGCAGGAUUGACUUAGAUCCCUCCAUGAACAUGAUGAUGCCUGGUGACCACGGCGAAGUAUACCUGACUCUUCUAGAAGGCAUGGUGAUGACUCAAGGCCAACCGUUCACGAUCAGAGAAAAUAAUGUAACGGUAGCAACCGGGAUUGUGACUGACACACUGCCUUCCAUAGACGUGCCUAAAGGGAAACUUGGGAAGGUUAUUAUGAAAUAUGAAUAGGGAUAUUUCUAUAGUGUAUAUAACUAUACAUAGUGAUUUGUAUAUAACUAUACACUAUAGUAUAGUGUAUAUAACUUGUUAGUUAUGUUGUGUAAUAUAACUUAUUGAUAGUUUAA